GAGCGUCUGCCUCACAGUUCUGCGGACCGGGGUUCAAUCCCCAGCCCCGCCUGUGUGGAGUUUGCAUGUUCUCCCCGUGCCUGCGUGGGUUUUCUCCAGGCACUCCGGUUUCCUCCCACAUCCCAAAAACAUGCAUGGUAGGUUAAUUGACAACUCUAAAUUGCCCGUAGGUGUGAAUGUGAGUGUGAAUGGUUGUUUGUUUGUAUGUGCCCUGCGAUUGGCUGGCAACUAGUUCCGGGUGUACCCCGCCUCCUGCCCGAUGAUAGCUGGGAUAGGCUCCAGCUGGCCCACGGCCCUAGUGAGGAGAAGCGACUCAUAAAAUGGAUGGAUGGAUGGAUAACAUUAGUGCAUGGAAGUUUAGUUUCUCCUCGUCCCGCUCUGCGGAAAACUCGUAACUCCCUUCGGCUGGAGAGGGAAGUCAAAUUAAACAUCAAAGAAGAUCCUCCUCCUGUGACACAAGGUAACAAUGUGUCUUCUUCACCAAAGCAAACUCCAGUCAAACGUAUAAAGAAGGCGGCAACUGAUGAGGCCUCUCGCCCACCCCUCUUAAAAUCCCCCAGAUCUGGAAGGGGCAAAGGUACGCUCUUGCAGCCUGUGGAGGAAGGAGAGAAAAUGACAGAUGAAACGAUGAGGAGCGCAGAGGAAUCCACUGUGGACAGCUCGCCUCGGACUGUCUUCUCUUCUCUUUCCUCGCCAGCCUCCAAAUCUCCUUUCAAAGCCAGAGGACAAAGCAAGGCGAAGAAGGCGCCCGCCGUGGAGCGGCUAGAGGACGGCCAGGAGCUGACGGACACGACGGGUAGAAAGUGGACACUGGUCAAGCUGCUCAGUCAGAGCCUGACAGAGCUCGUGUAUGAAGUUGUGCAUAAAGGGUCAUGGUCCUCCUCGAAGGAAUCUGCUUAUAUCCUUAAGAUGGGUGCUGAACGUGGGAAAAUCUACAAGGAGCAGAACUUUCUGCAGAGGGCUGCAAAGCCUUUAUCUGUGGCCAAGUGGAUCAAGCAGCAUGACUUGGACUUCCUCGGAAUUCCUUCCUGUAUCGGCUUCGGUCACACGGAUUCUUACAGGUUCUUGGUUUUUCCCGCCAUGGGUCACUCCCUCCAGUCCGUCAUGGACAACAAUCUUCUUCCCGAGAAGACGGUUCUUCAUCUUGCCUGCAGAAUACUGGACGUGCUGCACUACAUCCAUUCCAACGAGUACGUUCACGCUGACAUCAACGGCGAAAACAUCUACAUCCAAGCGGGACGCCCCACACAGGUAUAUUUGGUCGGAUACUACCACGCCUCCCGCUUCUGUCCCAGCGGACGCCACGUGGGGUAUCGCCAAGGCAUCCAAGAGCCGCACGAAGGGUCACUCGAGUUCAUCAGCGUGGAUUCUCAUAAAGGAGCAGCCCCGUCGCGACGUAGUGAUCUGCAGUCUCUUGGCUACUGCAUGCUGCAGUGGCACACGGGGGCGCUGCCAUGGAGCGGCCUCACUGAUCCCGACCAGGUGGCUGACCUCAAACAGAGGUACAUGGACGACAUUCCGGCAUUGUUGAGUCACUGCUUCGGGAGGAAUAAAGUUUCCAGUGCAAUUCAGAGCUAUGUGACCACAGUGGCGGAUCUGCAGUACACAGAGCAGCCGGACUACCCCGAACUGAAAGCCAGGCUCGCCAUAGCUUUGUCGCACCUGGGAGGAUCAGUGGAAAAAACCCUCAGCUUUUAGCAAAGGACAUUAAUUGAAAAUAUUUCACUGACUUGGUAUAAUGACUUCACAGGUUAAGUGUUCUAAACCUCACUUCAAUGUGUAUUUUUUAUAGCGUUUAUUGAUACUGCUGUUGAAAGGAAUUGUGAAACUAGUGGCAGGAUUGUGUGACUUUGAAAUUGCAGCUCUCUCAUCUUGAUGUUUGCUUAUCUAGGAAUAAAUUAGUACAUGCU